AGUGCUCAAGUCACCAAUACCAAUCCAGUUUUAGAACUCAGCAUUUUAUCUAUCAAUUUUUGUGUGUGAUGAUAACGCCCACAACAACGACAAUGAAGAAUCCAGUUGGUUUAAGAUUGAUGAUGUUUAUGGUGUGUGUGGUGUCGCAGGUUGUUCAUGGUGAACAGAAAAUGAGAUGCAUUCCAAAGGAGAGGGAAGCACUGCUUCAAUUCAAGGCUGCCAUUGUUGAUGACUUCGGCAUGCUCUCUUCUUGGACCACUCCUCACUGCUGCCAAUGGGAGGGGAUUCGCUGCACCAACCUCACCUCCCAUAUUAUAGACCUCCACCUUCCCGGUGGGUUUCUUGACGAAUAUUUCCAUUAUGAAUAUAAAUAUAUGAGCGGAGAGAUCCACAAGUCGUUGAUGGAGUUGCCACAAUUACAAUAUUUGAACCUCAGUUUCAAUUAUUUUCGAUAUCAAAGAAUCCCAGAGUUUCUUGGUUCUCUCAAAAACUUGAAAUACCUUGAUCUGUCGUUUUGUGAUUUUGGUGGAGAAAUUCCAAGGCAGUUAGGCUCUCUUUCUCGUUUGAAAUACUUAAGUCUUGCUUGGAAUUUUCUGAACGGUUCAAUUCCUCGUGAGUUUGAAAAUCUCUCCCAGUUGCAACAUCUUGAUCUUGGGGACAAUUAUCUUGAAGGAAAUAUACCAUCUUAUCUUGGAAAUCUCUCCCAAUUACAACAUCUUGGUCUCAACUGCUAUAAUUUUGAAGGAAAUAUACCGUCCGAACUUGGAAAUCUCACCAAGUUGGAACAGCUCUAUCUUGGAGGAGAAGGUAUAAAAAUUGAAGAUGGAGGUCAGUGGCUCUCAAAUCUCCCUUUUUUAACCCAUUUUUCCUUGAUAGGUGUAUCGAUUCUUGAUCGUUCUAAUAAUUGGCUGCAAGUGAUUGCCAAGCUACCCAAACUAAGACAACUAAGUUUAGUUGAUGGUAGCCUUUCCGAUCAUUUCAUUCUCUCAUCCAAACCGUCUAAGUUCAAUUCUUCUACUUCCCUCUCUGUCCUUGAUCUUAGUUGGAACACCUUAACGUCACCAUUGGUAUUCCAGUGGGUGUCAAACAUCACUUCCAACCUUGUUGACCUUAACCUUCAUGGUAACCUCUUGGAAAGUUCCACAUCAAGUCAUUUUGGCACGCUCAAGAAUUCGCUUAGGCAUCUUGACCUCUCUGAUAAUAAUUUCAAGGUCAUGGAUUUUAAAUCUUUCACAAAUAUAUGCACCUUACAAUCUCUAAACAUGGCUGAAAACUAUUUGCCUGGACACCUUCCCUACAUUCUUGGUAAUUUGUCCAGUGGUUGCAUUAAACACUCAUUGCAAGAUUUGAAUCUGGGAUAUAAUCAGAUCACUGGCACUUUGACUGACAUUUCGGUAUUCUCCUCUUUGAAAACACUAUUUCUUGAUAGAAAUCGGUUAAGUGGAAGGAUACCGGAAGGUGUGAAGUUACCAUCUACUUUGGAGAGUUUGUCAAUCCACUCAAGUUCAUUAGAAGGUGGAAUUCCAAAAUCAUUUGGGGAUGCAUGUUCAUUACUCUCCGUGGACAUGUCCGAUAAUAACUUAAGUGAUGAGCUUCCGAUGAUAAUUUCUCACUUGUCUGGAUGUGCUAGAUAUUCAUUGGAACAAUUAAGUCUAAGCUAUAAUCAAAUCAAUGGCACCUUACCCGACUUCUCCAUAUUCACAUCUAUGAAAACAUUAUAUCUUAACCGGAAUAAGAUAAAUGGAGAGAUUCCUAAGGAGAUUCAAUUUCCACCUACAUUGGAGUGCCUCAACAUGAAUUCAAAUUCUUUAAAGGGUGUGUUGACUGACUACCACUUUGCUAAUAUGUCUAAGUUACAACACUUGGACUUAUCUCACAACUCAUUGCGCUUGGCAUUUACCCAAAAUUGGGUCCCACCUUUUCAAUUGUUAACAAUAGAAUUGGGAUCUUGCAAGCUAGGUCCAACAUUUCCCAAAUGGUUGGAGUCGCAAGAAAAAUUUGUUAAUAUUGACAUUUCAAAUGCUACAAUAUCAGAUAUUAUUCCUGAAUGGUUUUGGGCUAAAUUACCUCUACAAAAAGUGAUGAGAAUGGAUAUUUCAAACAAUAAUCUACAAGGUACAAUUCCAAAUGUUUCAUCAACAUAUGUUUCUACAUUCAUGUUCCUUGGAUCAAAUCAAUUUGAAGGUUCUAUUCCUCUGUUUCUACGGAAUUCUCAAAUUCUUGAUUUAUCAAAAAAUAAAUUUUCAAAUCAUCUUUCAUUUUUAUGUGGAGAUGGUACAAUUUCAAUUCAAAACCAAUUAGACAUUUCAUAUAAUCAUUUAUCUGGAGAUAUCCCAGAUUGUUGGAGACAAAUGAGCUCACUAAUUUAUUUAGAUUUGAGUCAUAAUAACUUUUCAGGAAAAAUUCCUACUUCAGUGGGAUGGCUUCUUAAUCUUGAAGCAUUGUUGUUGAGUAACAACAAUUUAGUAGAAGGAAUCCCUUUGUCCAUAAGAAAUUGCACAAAGCUAAUAAUGGUUGAUAUGUCAGAAAACAAAUUAUCAGGAUCUAUCCCUGAUUGGAUUGGAACAAAAGAAGAUUUGAAAUUUUUAAGUUUGAGAAAGAAUCAAUUCUUUGGGAGUUUACCAUUUAAGGUUUGUUGUCUAAGAAACCUUCAUCUCUUAGAUCUCUCAAUAAACAACUUAUCUGGAAAAAUUCCUAAAUGCAUAAACAACCUUACUUCAAUGGUUAAAUUAACAUCUUCCAUAUAUUAUGAAAGUCAUUCAUAUUGGUUUAACCAUAGCAUGUCAUUUGAUUCAAAUGCAUGGUUGACAUGGAAAGGUUCAAAACAUAUUUUUAUGAAUGAAGGUUUGUCACUUUUAAAAAGCAUUGAUCUCUCAAGUAAUCAUUUCUCAGAAGAAAUUCCUAUAGAAAUAGAGAAAUUAAGUGGAUUGAUUUCAUUGAAUUUAUCGAGAAACAAUUUGAUUGGAAAAAUUCCUUCAAACAUUGGAAAGUUAACAUCACUUGAUUCUCUUGAUUUGUCAAGAAACCUACUUGUUGGUUCAAUUCCUCCAAGUCUUGCUCAAAUUUAUGGACUUGGUGUGCUAGAUCUAUCACAUAACCAUCUAAUUGGAGAAAUCCCAACAGGUACACAAUUACAAAGUUUUAGUACAUCCACUUAUGAAGAUAAUCUUGAUCUUUGUGGACCACCACUUGAGAAAUUAUGUAUUGAAGGUGGGUCAACACAAGAACCAAAUAUUAAAGUUCAUAAAGAUAAAGAUGAAUAUUCGUUGUUCAAUAAUGACUUUUUUAUAAGUAUGGCAAUUGGAUUUAUUAUAAGCUUUUGGAUGGUAUUUGGCUCACUCUUAUUGAAACGUUCAUGGCAACGUGCAUAUUUCAACUUCUUAAAUAAUUUAGAAGACAAUGUUCAUGUCAAGAUAGCAAUCUUUGCUAGAGUGCUUAAGCUCGAGAAAGAUUAGCAGGCACUUGGAAUCCAUCCUCUUGUACGACUCCAUCUUUCAAGGCAAUGGUUUCUUCAAAUUCCCUUAGUAUGCUGAUAAAAAACAUCUUCACUGUCAAUUGGAAACUAUAGUCUGCAUGUUCUUAUUGUUUGAAGUUUUACUUUUUAUUAAAUUAUAAACGUCAUUAAGCAUUGUGCUUUGUAGUGAAAUAUAAAUUAUCAUACAUUUUAUUAAUAAUUC